AUAAUGAAGACGUUUAUUAUUAUUACAUCUCUAGUCUGUUUAUUCACCACAACUGUACAUGCAAAAGCAUUAGAUCUUAGUGACUAUAACCUUUGUCAGAUACAAGGUGACUCAUCUGAUUGUGCGUUUGCUUGUCAAGAAAUGGUACAAGGAAGGGGUGCAUGUAUAUUCAAUAAAUGCUACUGCACAGAAAAAUCAGAAAUAGGAAAAUGUGAUGAUGAUGAUCAUGAAUCGUGUGAUGCUCUUUGUCAAGAUAUGUCUUCAACUUUAAUAGGAUUCUGUAUGGAUGGACAAUGUAGCUGUAUCAGUUAAUCACUACGAAUUCUCUCUCACUCUCCUUGGGCUACACAUGUACCA